AUAAAUAACAGCAGGAGUGAUCUAACCCUAUACAGCCCAUCUUCUACGUGCAAAAACAGCGUGUGGAGGACGGCCACAUCUCCGACUGAAAAUAAGUGGAUCUCUGUGGAUAAGAUCACCGGGCAGCCAUGGAAGAACUUACGGCUUUUGUAUCCAAAUCUUUUGACCAGAAAAGCAAAGAGAGCAGCAGCGGCAGUGGCAGCGGCAACAAGAAGGAGACGAUCACGUACAGGGAAGUUUUGGAGAGUGGGUUGGCUCGCUCUAGGGAGCUUGGAAACUCUGAUUCUAACCUGCAGGACAUGACCGAGAGCAGCAACCAUUGCCCGGUGCAUCUUUUCAAAGACCACGUAGAGAGCGACAAGGACAAACUGAAGGAGUUCAACACGGGCAGGACGGCGGAAGGGAUCUACGAAUGCAAAGAGAAGAGGGAAGAUGUGAAGUCAGAAGAUGAAGACGGACAGACCAAGCUUAAACAAAGGAGAAGCAGAACCAAUUUCACACUAGAGCAGCUGAACGAGCUGGAAAGACUUUUUGAUGAGACUCACUAUCCGGAUGCCUUCAUGAGGGAGGAACUAAGCCAGAGGCUGGGACUAUCUGAAGCUAGGGUUCAGGUCUGGUUCCAGAACAGGAGAGCGAAGUGCCGAAAGCAGGAAAACCAGAUGCACAAAGGUGUGAUCCUGGGAACCGCCAGCCAUUUAGACGCCUGCAGAGUAGCCCCCUAUGUGAAUAUGGGAGCCCUGAGGAUGCCUUUCCAACAGGUCCAGGCGCAGCUGCAGCUGGAGGGCGUGGCCCACGCGCACCCGCACCUGCACCCGCACCUGGCGGCCCACGCGCCCUACCUGAUGUUCCCGCCGCCGCCCUUCGGGCUGCCCAUCGCCUCCCUGGCCGAGUCCGCCUCCGCCGCCGCCGUCGUGGCCGCGGCCGCCAAGAGCAACAGCAAGAACUCCAGCAUCGCCGACCUGCGGCUGAAGGCCCGGAAGCACGCCGAGGCCCUGGGGCUCUGACACGC